GAGGCCUCACACACAGAGGCCUCACACACACAGGCCUCACACACACAGGCAUCACACACAGAGGCCUCACAGGCAUCACACACACAGAAAAGGACCAAACACACUCCUAACGCACACCAGGAUAAACAGAUACCUCAGAACCAGGACCGACACACACCUCGGACUCAGAACCAGGACCGACACACACCUCGGACUCAGAACCAGGACGGGAGCCUGGAUAGCACAGGCUCACCAACCCACAUACACAGAGAGAGGUUCGAGGAGCUCUAUGUGAAAGGAGAACUGAUUGGACACGGAGGCUAUGGGAGUGUCUAUGCCGGGUUCAGGAAGACAGACAACCAACCGGUGGCGCUGAAGUUUGUGGACCAGAGGAAGAUAAAGAUGUGGGCUAAAAUGUCGGAGAGCAAAGAUGUGUUGCCAUUGGAGAUCGCGUUGCUGCAGCAGGUGUGUCGCGUGCCCAGGUGUAGAGGCGUGGCCCAACUCCUUGACUACUAUUGGAUGCCAGGGCCAGAGGGGGCAGGCAUAUAUCUGCUGGUUCUAGAGCGUCCAAUCCCCUGCUUGGAUCUCUUUAAUUAUAUGCAGGAGGGGAGUGGCUACUUGGAGGAAGGGAUGGCACGUCACGUGAUGCAGCAGGUGGUGUCUGCUCUGCUCCACUGCCACUCCAGGGGCGUGGUCCACAGAGACCUGAAACCUGAGAACAUCCUGGUCCAACUGACCAAUCACAACGUCCUGCUGCUGGACUUCGGCUCCGCCUCUGUACUCAAGGAGGGAGAAUACACCGACGUGGCAGGUACACCUGAGUAUCUUCCUCCAGAGACAGUAUUGAGAGGGGAGUACUUUGCUGUUCCGGCCACCGUCUGGUCGCUGGGAAUAGUGCUUUUCCAGAUGGUGUGGGGUGAUGUCCCUUUCUACAGUGACGCAAGCAUCGUCAAAGCAACCCUCUACUUUCCACGUGGAAUAUCCAGAGAUUGCCGUCACCUGAUUCGCCGGUGCCUCGCUGUCAGUCCUGAUGACCGGCCAACCCUGGAGCAGAUACAGCGACAUCCCUGGAUGCAAUAGAAUAGACUAUAUUUCAUCUGUAACGUCCUAAAUAAACAUCGGCAGCAUUCCUAUUCA